AUACCCAGAAAUAAAGCAAAGAAAGGCUUAGUGCGUGAGAGAUCGAGAACAAAACUAUAUACUACCAUGGCAAGGUUCGCAGCUUUUAAGAUGGCAUACACAACAGUGCUUGUGUGCAUGUUGGUGGCUGCUGCUCAUGUUCAUGCAUCUCUAACAUGCGCUGAGAUCACACCCUUGCUGACUCCAUGCAUCCCCUAUGCGAUCGUGGGAGGGACCGUACCAACAGUUUGUUGUGAGGGCAUAAAAGCACUCAAAGCUGCUUCCAAUGGCACAGCAGAUGACAGAGCUUCAUGCAGCUGCAUCAUGAAUGGUCUUAAACCGAUCCCAGGAAUCAACUACGAUCUAGUGGGCACCCUUCCCGAGAAAUGUGGCACCACUAGUCCUUACAAAAUUACACCCACUACUGACUGUUCCAAGGUGGACUAAGUCCAAUAUUGCAUGUACUUAGCUUGGUGCAUUUCCUAAUAAAAUACCGAUGAAAAUAAAGCUCCAGGGAAGCUAGCUAGCGUCCGCGUGUUAAAGCACAAUGCUGUUGUCUUUUUUCUUUUCUUUUUUCCUUCUUUUUUUUCUAGGCAAUAUAAUAUUUCAUUACAUGAAAAAGGAAUAUUAUACAUGCAUGGGAUCCAGCAGAAGGAAAAUGGACCUCAGACAUACUAUGCUGUUGUGUCUAUUAUAUUACAAGGAAUAUAAUGUCAUUUGUCUACGAA